GUUGCUGGCCCGGGAGACGGAGCGCGGCCGGUACCCCGCGCCCUCCAGAGCCAAGUGGGGGGCGAGUGAGGAGGAUCAGGCGCGUGGGCUGCCUGAGGAGGAGGGCGGGGGCCUUUCACGGUGAGGUCGCCGCCAGGGAGUCUCUGGGUGGGGACCAGCAGGAGAUGCCCCGGGACUGCCCUUCUCCCUCCGGCGGGAGCAUCCUCCCCCGAGUAUUGGUGACCAGCCGGAGCCGCUCCCCGCAGCUUAUGUUUGGUGCCUCUCCUUGGGGUUUUGAGGGGCGGCCCUUCUUUAAUUUCGAGUGACUCCGCCAUUCCCUCCUCAUUUACCCCUGAAGCUCCCUACUCUUCUCAGCCUGGCUGCUCUCCUUAGGCUAGUUCAUGGGCUUUCAAGAGCCUCUCCUUUCCUCAGCCGGACCCACCGCAAGGCAUCUUCAUCCUCCUUGCUCCUCCCUGUGGUGAUUGUGAGCUCCGCUUCAAAGUAUAUUUUUAUUAUUCUCCUUUCCUCCAAAGUCCUCCAGUAUAUUUUUACACCCCCCUCCUUGUCCUGGCUUAUUUGGGGAGGGGGGGUCAUUUCACAAAAUCGAGGGCGAUAGUUUUCUCCUCCAAGCGUUCACCGUCCCUCCCCACACGCUCUUUUUACUUGCUGCUAGCUUACAAACCUCCCACCCUCCCGGGUGGGGGUGGCCUGGCGAUUAUUGCCAUGCAAGCUGCAGAGCCCGUGUCGGUGCCUGCAGCCACAACACCAGCUAUGAAAGUGUCUGAAAGCGAGGGCAAGCUGGAGAUCUUGUUGCCAGCCCAGAACUGCGCCAGCAAGAGUAGUAGUAGUAGUGGGAUCAGCAGUUGCCGAGGAAGUAGUACCAAAAGCUGGCAGUACAGUGAUCACAUGGAAAACAUUUCCGGUUAUUUAAUGAAAUACACAAAUCUUGUCACUGGCUGGCAAUACCGGUUUUUUGUCUUAAAUAAUGAAGCUGGCCUCCUGGAAUAUUUUGUGAAUGAACAAUCCAGAAACCAGAAGCCUAGAGGGACUUUACAGCUGGCUGGAGCUGUGAUAUCACCUAGUGAUGAAGAUUCUCAUACUUUCACAGUGAAUGCUGCUAGUGGAGAACAAUACAAGCUGAGAGCUGCUGAUGCUAAAGAACGGCAGCAUUGGGUAAGCAGACUUCAGAUAUGUACACAGCACCAUACCGAAGCAAUUGGAAAGAACAAUCCUCCUCUGAAAUCUCGCAGCUUCUCUCUUGCAUCUCAAGGAAGUGGUUCUCCGGGAGUGCAGAGAAGGCCCAGCCAAAAUGCAGCUUCUUUUUUUAAUGUUGGCCAUCACAAGUUGCCAGGCGGGAAGAAAAUUCCUAUCCUGCAGCCAGAUCAUUUAGCUGAUGUAAGAGAGAUGAUGUCUCGAGCUGAAGGACAACAGAGAGACUUGAUAAGAAGCAUAGAAUGCCUUCCUGCCUCUGGUCACCUUUCUUCCUUAGACCAAGACUUGCUGAUGCUCAAGGCAACCUCUAUGGCAACAAUGAACUGCUUAAACGAUUGCUUCCACAUUCUCCAGAUACAGCAUGCCUCACAGCAGAAGGGAUCCUUACCUAGUGGGACAACAAUCAGCUGGUUGGAACCAAAGAUCUCCCUGCCAAACCACUUCAAAAAUGGAGCAGAUGAAAAUUUCACAACAGAGCAAAUCAAGUCAUCAUCUGUCAGAGAGGAGCAGCCUGUUUCAGGUUCCAGCCCACUCACCACGGAGCCAGAGGAAAUAAACCCAGACGAAGAAGUGGAAGAUACCUGUGAUAAUAAAGAGGAUGACCUUGGUGCUGUGGAAGAACAGCGCAGUGUUAUUUUGCAUCUCCUGUCUCAGCUCAAGCUGGGCAUGGAUUUAACAAGAGUCGUUCUUCCUACUUUUAUUUUAGAAAAACGCUCUUUGCUAGAAAUGUAUGCAGAUUUCAUGUCCCACCCGGACCUCUUUCUUGCGAUUGCAAGUGGCUCUAGCCCCGAGGAGAGGAUGAUCCGUUUUGUUGAGUAUUACCUCACUUCCUUUCAUGAAGGCCGGAAAGGGGCGAUUGCAAAAAAGCCCUACAAUCCCAUCAUUGGCGAGACAUUUCACUGCUCGUGGAAAAUGGCUAAGAACCAAGUGCCAUCUGACACAAAUAGUAACUCUUCAUCUCAUUCCCUGUCUGAGCAAGUGACUGUUUCAGAAGAGUUACGGGGCCAAGCAGAGUCGGACUGUUACACAGUCAGAUUUGUAGCAGAACAAGUGUCCCACCAUCCUCCAGUCUCAGGGUUUUAUGCUGAAUGUGCAGAGAGAAAAAUGUGUGUUAAUGCUCAUGUGUGGACAAAAAGUAAAUUCCUGGGAAUGUCAAUAGGAGUGACAAUGGUUGGUGAAGGUAUUUUAAGCCUCUUGGAACAUGGAGAGGAAUACACAUUUUCUCUGCCUUGUGCAUAUGCUCGGUCGAUUCUGACUGUUCCUUGGGUAGAACUAGGAGGAAAAGUCAAUGUCAAUUGUGCAAAAACAGGAUAUUCUGCAAGUAUUACUUUCCAUACCAAACCAUUCUAUGGUGGCAAGCUUCACCGAGUUACUGGUGAGGUGAAGCAGAAUGCUACCAACACUGUGGUCUGUAGAGUCCAAGGAGAGUGGAAUAGUGUGCUUGAAUUUACUUACAGCAAUGGUGAGACGAAAUGUAUGGAUUUAACAAAGCUGUCUGUGACAAGGAAACUUGUACGCCCCCUUGAGAAACAAGGACCAUUUGAGUCCCGAAAACUAUGGCAACAUGUGACAGAGUCCCUGAGGGAAGGGGACAUCGAUAAGGCAACAGAACAUAAGAAGGCAUUGGAGGAACGGCAGAGGAAUGAAGAGAGGCACCGAGCUGAGACCGGCACACCGUGGCAUACCAAGCACUUUCACAAAGAUGGAGAUGGCUGGAUUUAUUACAAUCCUCUUUGGAAAAGAAUGCCUGCCGUACAAAAUCAACCAGUGGACACAAAUUAGAAGGCAUUUUUUUCCCAAAAUGAUUCUUCUCUUGUUUAACCCUACAACUUCCAAAAUGCUGUAUUUCACUAAGAGUCCUUUGGGAUUUUUAUACAAUUGCACAACAUUUAAAUAAGCAUAAAAGGAUUAAAACUGCUAGGGCACUUUAAAGCUGCAGAAAAUCAGAAGGAGAGAGAACUAUGCCAGGUAUGUGCUUCUUUUUCACCAAAACUUUUUAUAUGGCUCUAAAGAUUUUAUCUUACCUAUUGUGUUCUUUCUAAGCACACCCUACUGCAAAGCUGCCUAGGAUGUAAAAAACAAAAGACCUCCUCCUACCAGCAGUAGCAUUCAGAGCUGCUAUGCUGAUUUGCCCAAAUGAAUUUACCUCUGGAGAAAUACCUGAACAGUUUUUUUCAGAGUCUGUGCUCCAGUCUCCACAAGUUUCUGAACUUCAGUGCCCAUAUAAAGAGAAACCACCUUUUGCUGCUCUGAAAUACCCUCACUGGAAACCUUGGAGGCUUUUCAGAAUUGGGGCUUGGAAUCAGUGUUAUGACCAUCUGGAUCAGGACUUGAUACUUUAAAAAUAUUCAUCAGUGGAAAUGUAUGUGUGGCUGUGAGAGAAUGAGUGAUUCAUGUCAACCACCUUUUAAAAACUUUCUUAAAUAGAUUAGAGUUGUAACUGUCAGGUUUUCCUUAUAUUUAAGAGUUGGCCCAAGCUGAGAAUGAGGGUGGAGGUAGGGAGUAAAAUUCAAAAACAGUCAACAACCAGAUUAUUCCUUUUCUCAGAAGAUGACUCUUAGUGUCUUCAUGUUGUAAAUACCAUGAAGAUGUUCUGUCUCAAAAAUACUAAGGCCUAGACCUAAAUAAUGCAACCUUUUUAAAAAGCUGUAUUAAUUUCCUUUAAUUCCCCCCUCCCACAGCCCCUUUCCCUUGGAUCAUCUCUGAAACAAAGAGUCAGUGUUAGACUGUCCAAACAAGUGAUUGCAGUGUCUUGUCUGUAUGCUCAGAGUCAUGCACCAGUGUACACCCAGUGAUUACAGACUCUCUUUUGAUUUUUCUAAAAUACCUGAAGAGGCUUGUGUUUUUGCUAUGGGACUGCAUACAUAACCAAUUGCAAUCUGAUAUCAGGAAACAAUGUUCAGGUAAAAAUGUCCCUUGUUUUUUAUGAUGCAAACAUUUUAUUGAAAUCUAAGAAUUGCUGGCAAUUAAGAAUAGUUCUGAUUUAUGGCUUUCAUUAUUGUUACUACAAGCUACCUUAAUUUUUCUAAGAGUGGUGCCUUACUCUGUUUCUUCUGAUGUAGUCUUCCAAUCAGUGUAUAUACCAUUAUCUGUCACCCUCUGGUCCUUGUCAGCAGUGGGGCCUCUCCUAAUCAUGAAAAAUUAUGAACUGUGCGUGUGCUGGUCAAGUGUUCUUUUUUUCUUCCAUAUUAAAGGGAAAGAGUAUCGGAAAACAGAAGAGUGGUUAAAUAACUGUAUUAAUUUCUCAUAAAGUCUGAAAAUUGUAUGAAAAAAGAAACUUGGGGGUUUUAUGCACAUCUGUUGAGAUUUCCUUGUACAUUUUUUUGCUGUGAAAUGCACUGAGAUCUUAAUGCAACUAGUUUACGAUUCUGUGUGUGAGAGGGAGGGAUGGAAAUAAAGCUACCAAAUGAA